AUGCUUUCUUGUCUCCUGUGUGGGACCGUUUCCUUCUGGUGUUAUUAUUUCAACCCCUUUUUUCGUCUCCUUUCCUUCAUUAUUCUCCAUAAAUGUAAAUCUUUAUCUUUUCUAAUUUCACUUUCACUUUUCUUUCCAUAUAUUUCCCUCUGCCUUUUACUUUCAUUCGAUUUCAAUUUUUCGGCCACAUUUUUUCUUUGUUUCUUUCUUUUUUUUCUUUCUAUCAAUGAAUUCCUGCUGGCCUUUUUUAUUUAUAAAUUCCCUUUAAUAUUUCUCUAUUUUCACUUUCACUUUACAUUAUUUUUAAUUUCCUUUCACCUUCUUAUACUAUUUCUCUCUCCUUCUCUUUUUUUUCCUUCAAAUGUUCUUCCCAAUCUUUCACUUUUCAUACAUUCAUUCAUUCUUUUUUUGUUUGUUUGUUUGUUUGUUUCUUUCUUUCUUUCUAUUCAUUUUUUCUAUCAUUUGCAUUUCUUUUUUUUAACAUAUUUUCUCCCUGCUUGUCACACUUUCUCUCACUAUUCCUUCGGUUUCAGUCAUACAUUUCAUCUUUCUUUCUUUCUUUCUUUCUUUCUUUCUUUCUUUCUUUUUUUCUUUCUACGACAUUAUUUUUCACUCUUCGUUAAUUUUUCCUUUUUUGUUGCAUUCUCUCCAUUUUCUGUUUCUUUCUUUCUUUCUUUCUUUCUUUCUUUCUUUCUUUCUUUCUUUCUUCCUUCCUUCCUUUUUUUCUUUCCACACAGAUUCUUUCUUCCUUUUUUCUCUAACUGUUCAUUAUUUUUUCAUUUUUUCGUUAAUUUAUUUCUUUCUUUAUAUUCCCUUCUUUCUUUUAUUCUUUCUUUCUUCUUUUCUUUCUUUCGUUACAUUCUCUUUCUACAUCAUCUUCUUUCUAUCUUUCUUUCUUUCUUUCUUUCUUUCAUUACAUUCCCUUCUUUCUGUGUUUCAUUCAUUCUUUCUUUCUUUCUUUCUUUAUAUUCUCUUCUUUAUUUCUUUCAUUAUUUAUUUUUCCUUUCUUUCUUUCUACACACAUCUUCAUUCAUUCCUUCUUUUCUCCUCUUCAUUCUCACCGUUUCCUCUUCUAUUUCAUUUCACACACCCUCCCUCUUUAAUCCCUUCGGCCUUUUCUUCCCUUUCACCCCUUCGCCACGAGGCUUUCUUAAUCCAUCUCUAAUGAGGAAAGGAAAUCAUUUCACUUUCAGACUUCGCCGAUAG